AGAGGAGGAGUGAAGUGAGCAAAUGGACCGCAGCGGGGCGGGAGUGAGACUCUGAGGAUCCUGGAGUGCACUCCGGCUCCGCUCCACUGUCAGUGACACUGGACGCGCACCAAAUGAGACAAACCGGCUUCACAACUACAAAUGAAACGCAAAAAAUGUGAGCUUGACCUGCCGCUCCGCUGGGUAGGAGAGCAACUGCUGCCGCUGCGCAGAUGACAGACUUCAUGACGGCGCACCAGCUGAUCCUCCUUCCACUCACAUGCCCCGGAGAGCAGCGCACGAAAGGCUCCCAGUUCCAGCUGACCUGUAACCUGUGCAGAGAGAGCCACAAAACUCAGGUGUGGCUUUGUUUCUUAGUUCUCAGCCUCCUGAGUCUUUCUACAUGUGCACAUGCUUUUGUGCCUGGAACAGAUCAUCUACAGACUUGUUUGAAGGACCUGAGAAAGAGCAUUGAGAACUCUGAUGCUAUGCUGUAUGCUCCUUCAUUCGAUGAUGUCAAAGACAACUGCAAAAGUAUGUCGCUCAAAUGUUACAUGUUGGAGUUGAUGAUGGUCAUGGAUGAGGAAGAAAUUACUGAACUUACAGCACUAGAUUGCAUCUUCCAUUUCAAUGAGUCGCUGCAACCUGAAGUUGGCUGCCCACCAUGUGAAUCAUACUCACUGCAAAAUAUCACAGUAUUCCUGAAGAGACUAAAUAAACUUUUGCAAAGUAUGAGCAGCAUUAAGCGGCAUUAGCACUUUCGCCUUGCAGCAAGAAUAUCCCCAGUUCAAAUCCCGGCCUGAGCCUGGGAUCUUUCUGCAUGGAGUUUGCAUGUUCUCCCUGUGCAUGCGUGGGUUUUCUCCAGGAACUCCGGCUUCCUCCCACAGUCCAGAAAUAUGCUGAGGUUAAUUGAUAACUCUAAAUUGCCUGUAGGUGUGAAUGUGAGUGUGAUUGUUUGUCUGUAUAUGUAGCCCUGUGACAGACUGGCGACCUGUCCAGGGUGUCCCCUGCCUUCGCCCAAGUCAGCUGGGAUAGGCUCCAGCGACCCUAGUGAGGAUAAAGCGGUGUAUAGAGAAAGGAUGGAUGGAUUAUAUGACUGUCUGGCAGAAGAUUCAGAAAUCAUAGGACGAUGUAAAUACUGUAAGCUACAAAUGUGUAUUUGUAUCUAUAUAUAUAUAUAUAUAUAUAUAUAUAUAUAUAUAUAUAUAUCCAUAUACAUUUAUAUAUAUAUUUGUAAAAAUGUGUUUUUAUUUUGUAAAUAUCACACUCUAACCAUGACAAACCAUGCUGUCCUUGAGGAAAAGAAAGACUUUAUGUAUUUUAUACGAUAGAGAGCUGGCACUAAAUUGACUGUGUAAUGUAGCUGAAUGUACAGCAUAACGGUAACUCAUACGUCUCAGGCUAUUGGUAGUUUUAUACAGCAGACGUCUGCCUCUCAGUUGUACAGUUGUUGUACUGUACAGAAUGUAUGUUAUUAAGCUCCUUGCAACACUACUGAAUAUUACUGUACAUGCCCACAUGACUCCAGUAGCUGGUCACUCACUCCAGUAAAUAAUAUCUUACCUGCA